AUGAGGCCUGUUACAAAGUUCAAUGGUUUUCAUGAGCAGCCAAAGAAGGUGAUUAAUGGUGCACGUCCUUCCUCGUUGUUGAUCAACAAAGAUUCCCAUUUGAUACGCAAGCCUUCAGUUUCUUCAACAAAUUUUGUUGCACAGAACAAACAUCAGAAGGUUCCCAUCAUCAUUUACACACAAUCACCCAAGGUUAUCCACACCAAGCCCCAAGAUUUCAUGGCUUUGGUUCAAAGACUAACGGGUAAGUCAAGCACAAACGGUGACGUAUCCACUGCCACCACUGUCUCGCUGCCUCAUCAGCCAAACCAAGAGGCCUCUUUAAAUUCUGGGUCAUCUUUGUCUGAUGUGUCUAACAACAAAAGCAUCAAAUUGAAGUGGAUGCACCAAGGUGCUAGUGAUGGCGAUGAAACUAACUCAGCUCUUAGGAGGGAUGAUAAGACUUGUGUGAAGGGUGGUGCAAGUUUUCAACAUAGUCCCUCUAAUCUGGAUUUUGCUGAUAUGCCACUGUUCACUCCAAAUUCCUCAGUAGUGUAUAAAUAUUCAGAUUCUCCAUUUGGGAUUUUGGGAAGUUUGAUAUCUCCUUCUGGGUUGGAAUUCAUGAAAGAGCUGCCUGAGUAUUGA